AUGUUACCAGGUUGGGACGUCUCUAAUGAAAGCGACAUUCAAAUAGAGCGUGUUAGCGGAGCUCUUACAAAUUGCGUGUUUUUCAUCACGAGAACAAAGAAAUUACAUGAUCAAACUAAAAAUAAAAAACCUCUGCGAGUUUUAUUAAGAGUGUAUGGUAACGGUGUAGAUCAACUAUGUGAUAGACAAAAAGAAUUAAAUUUUUUAGAGAUGUUAUCAAACUUGAAGAUUGGACCAAAAUUAUUGGGUGUGUUUAAAAAUGGUCGUUUCGAGCAACACCUUGAAUCCGAGACAUUAAAAAGUAAUGAUUUACGAGAUCCAUCAACUUCAAAAUAUAUUGCUCAGCGUCUGUCUCAAUUACAUAAUAUUAUAAAUAUAUGUCCACCUCCUCAGGAGAACAUUAAGCCUGAGGUUUGGGUUAAUAUUGACAAAUGGUAUCCGUUGGCGUUAAACGCUAUAUCCUCAUUAAAAUGUACUGAAGAACAAAGAAAAGGUCUAGAAGAAUUUGAUUUUAAAAUGUUGAAAGAUGAGAUUGAAGAACUCAAAUAUAAACUUAGCCACAAUAUUGAUUCCCCAAUUGUCUUUGCACAUAAUGAUACACAAUACGGGAAUAUUCUACGACUGACAGAUGGAAGUUUAGUCGUAGUGGAUUUUGAGUACGCCGGCUAUAAUUAUCAGGCAUUCGACAUCGCCAACCACUUUUGUGAGUGGACGUAUGAUUAUCGUUCGUCAGUUCCACAUAAAAUGAAUUUAGAUUUAUACCCAAAUGAAGAUCAACAAAUUGAUUUUCUCCGGGCUUAUAUAGAUGCCUAUUCUAUUCCCAGUGAUCAUACAAUCAAUAAUCCCUCCGAGACUCAUGAUAAUUAUUUACAAAAGCUUAAAUUAGAAGUUUAUGCUUUUACUUUAGCAAGUCAUGUCAUGUGGGGCUUAUGGGGCUUGGUACAAUCAGGUCAAAGUCAAAUUGAUUUUGAUUAUCUUUCCUAUGGUAUGGAAAGAUUGCACCGUUUUAGAGAAUUAAAAAAUGAGGUUUAUGAGCGUUUACCUCUAUUAAAUAAAGAUUAA